UCACCUGAAAGUAACGUCUGCAAAAUGCUUGCACGCACCAUAGUUAGACACUUGGUAUAUUCGUCAACAAUCAAACAACUAACGGUGACAGCUUCGAGAUUUUACCAUGUGGCCGAUAUACAUCUGGCCCCAAGUAAACGUACAAAACUUGAGCUGAAACGCCGGCUGAAGGCUGAGCAGAAGGCCAAGGAAAAGGCUGAAAAGGAGGCAACGCGCUUAGCUACCGAGACUCCCGAUGCCGGUCACAAGAAAAAAUCUUCCGCCGAACAGGAAGAGGAGAUCUCACCCAAUGAAUACUUUAAGCUGAGAUCAGCUGCUGUUGCCGACUUAAAGCAAACAUCUGAAAAUCAUCCGUAUCCACACAAAUUCCACGUUAGCAUCUCACUGGAAAAGUUUAUUGAACAAUAUGCUCAGCUCAAAGACGGCGAAACGCUCGACCAGGUCAAUUUAAGUGUUGCUGGACGUAUUCAUGCCAUACGCGAGUCCGGUGCCAAGCUCAUCUUUUACGACUUACGCGGCGAGGGUGUCAAGCUGCAAGUGAUGGCCAGUGCUAAAUCAUACAAAAGUGAAGCGGCGUUCGAGCAAGACACGGCCAAGUUGCGUCGUGGCGAUAUCAUUGGCGUCAAUGGUCAUCCCGGCAAGACCAAGAAGGGUGAACUAUCCAUUAUGCCCACUGAGCUGAAACUCCUCUCACCCUGUCUGCACAUGCUGCCGCAUCUGCAUUUCGGACUUAAAGACAAGGAGACUCGCUAUCGUCAGCGCUAUCUAGAUCUAAUACUGAACAACAAAGUGCGCGAAAAUUUCCAGAUUCGCGCAAAGAUAAUAUCAUAUGUUCGCCAGUUUCUGGAUCGCCUGGGCUUCCUUGAGAUUGAGACACCAAUGAUGAAUAUGAUUGCUGGUGGCGCCACUGCCAAGCCCUUCGUCACUCAUCACAACGAACUCAAAAUGGAUCUGUUCAUGCGCAUAGCACCAGAGCUGUAUCACAAAAUGGUUGUUGUAGGCGGUCUGGAUCGGGUUUAUGAGAUCGGUCGGCAGUUCCGCAACGAGGGCAUCGAUUUGACCCACAAUCCUGAAUUUACCACUUGUGAAUUUUAUAUGGCAUAUGCUGACUAUUACGAUCUAAUUGAGAUUACUGAGCAAAUGUUAUCUGGUAUGGUUAUGGCCAUUCAUGGUUCGUACAAAAUUAAAUACCAUCCGGAUGGCCCCGAAGGCGUCGAGCAAGAGAUUGACUUUACGCCCCCAUUCAAACGUGUGUCUAUGAUCAAGAGUCUCGAAGAGAAGCUGCAGGUCAAGUUUCCAUCAGCGGACACAUUCAACAGUCCGGCUGCCAACGAGUUUCUGUCCCAACUGUGUGCCAAGCAUCAGGUGGAGUGCCCGCCGCCACGUACCACCGCCCGUCUGCUAGACAAACUGGUUGGUGAGUUCAUCGAGGAGACAUGCAUCAAUCCGACAUUCAUUUGCGAGCAUCCGCAAAUAAUGUCGCCACUCGCCAAGUACCAUCGCAGUGUGCCCGGCCUAACGGAGCGCUUUGAGCUCUUUGUGGCCAAGAAAGAGGUGUGCAAUGCGUACACAGAACUUAACGAUCCCGUGGUGCAGCGGGAACGUUUCGAACAGCAGGCUGGCGACAAAGCCGCUGGCGAUGACGAGGCUCAAAUGGUGGACGAGAACUUCUGUACGGCGCUUGAAUACGGCCUGCCACCCACCGGAGGAUGGGGUAUGGGCAUUGAUCGACUAGCCAUGUUCCUGACCGACUCAAAUAACAUCAAGGAGGUGCUCUUGUUCCCCGCCAUGAAACCCGAGGAAGCGAAUCGCACACCAGCAGCCGAUGAAAAGCAGUCCGCCCAAUAAUAGACGAGCACUCACUUACCCAGUUACAAACCCCCCCACACACACACAUA